AUGACUCUGACAGUACCCGCUCUACUGCUACUCCUGCUCGGCCCUGGCAUGGGUGCUAUGCCUACCGGACAUUGGGAGCACCAGGGCUCCUCUCGUUGUGUGCCCAUUCCAACCAACAUGGCCCUGUGCCAGGGUCUGGGCUACAACAGCAUGCGGAUGCCCAACUUCCUCGAACAUGAAUCUCCAUCUGAAGCGGUCCAGCAAAGCACCAGCUGGCUGCCACUCCUCGCCCGAGAGUGUCACCCACAUGCCCGCAUCUUUCUCUGCUCGCUCUUUGCUCCUGUGUGCCUUGAGAGGAUAAUUUCACCAUGUAGAAGUUUGUGUGUGUCCGUACGGGACAGCUGCGCCCCCAUCAUGAGCUGCUAUGGUUACCCCUGGCCCAGAAUCCUCCAAUGCGACCAGUUUCCAAAGGAUCAUCUUAUGUGCAUUUCCUCAGUUGUGCAUAUGCACAAUGGCACAAGCAAUGAAGGCAGAGUGGUGCCACGUGCUAGCUGCACAGAUUGUGAGCUUGAGGAAGCUACUUCAUCCAAAGAACUGCUGGAUUUCUUUUGUAAAAGUGACUUUGUGGUUAAAGUGCGUCUAUCCAAAAUGAACUCCAGCAGAUCCAUCCUGACCUUGUUCUCUCUGGGUUCUCGAUUUGAAGUUCUAAAGCACGGCCCGCUGCUGGGAGAAAUGAGAAGUCGCCUGACACUCUGGCUAGAGCGAGAUGUCACCUGUGUGGGCAACCUGACCCGCCACCAUCCUCAUGGGGGCACCUUCCUGUUGACAGGCACUGUGACGGGCAAGAGACUACUAGUCACCAAAGCUUUUAGCUGGGGGAAAAGCCAGCGCCACCUCAACCAGGCUGCACGCAAGUGGAAAAGCCACCGGUGUAGAGGAUAG